AUGUUUAGUAAUUAUUCACUUGCAGAUGAUUGGGUCGAACCACUUUCAAGUGCACUUAAUGUACCAUUAGACCAAGUGAAAUAUUUUUCAAAUGCAGUACUUGCAGCACCAAUUUGUUUUGGAUUAAGAUAUCUUCCAAAUAAUCCAAAUAUCAAACAUAUUGUUUAUGGAACAUUAGGAAUGGUUUUUUCAUAUUUACUUUUUGGAAUGGAAUUUAUAACAGUAUUUUUUACAACAAUACCAGUUUAUUUAAUUAUGAAAUAUAAUAAAACACAAAAAGCAGCAAAUAUAUGUUUUAUAAUAACAUUUGGAUAUUUAUUAUAUCGACAUAUUUAUUUAUAUUUUAAUAUGUAUCUUGUCUGGACACUUGAAUUUACAACAACACAUAUGAUUAUUACAUUAAAAUUAACAGCAUUUGCAUUUAGUGUUGCAAAUUCAUUUAAGAAAGAAUUAACACCAUAUUUAGAAGCACAUAAAAUAAAUAAAUAUCCAAGUAUUAUAGAAUUUUAUGGAUUUAUAUUCUUUUAUCCAGGAUUAUUUAGUGGACCAUCAUUAGAAUAUCGGGAUUAUAUGUCAUUUAUUGAUAUGAGUAGAUUUAAUCUUAUCAAAGGAAAAGAACUUCCUAAAAUCCCAAUUUUGAAAUUCCUAGAACAUUAUAUUGGAGGAAUUAUUAUAUAUUUUAUUUAUGCAUAUAUUAAUAGUAAUCCAUUACCAGACCCAGAAUAUUAUAUUCUUGAACAUCCCGAAACAUGUAGUAUUUGGUGGAAAUUAUUAACCAUUUGGUGGACAGUUUCUACAAUUCGAUUAAAAUAUUAUGGAACAUGGAAAUUGACUGAAUCACUUGGAGAAAUUUCAGGAUGUGGUUAUACUGGAAGAACAAAAGAAGGAAAAGAUGAAUUUUUAUUAUAUAGAAAUGUUAGUAUUAUAGAAUUUGAAGUAUGUAGGUCAUGUAAAGUAAAUAUGGAUCUUUGGAAUACUUAUGUUCAAAAAUGGUUAAAGAAUUAUGUUUAUGUCUCUAUGAUUGGAACACCAUUAGAAAGAUAUAAAACAAGUUUAACUAUGGCAGUUUGUGCAUUUUGGCAUGGAGUAUAUCCAGGAUAUUAUAUGUCAUUUUUUGUAUUAGGAUUUGAUAAAGAUUUAUCAAAUCUAAUUUAUAAACGACUUGAUCCAUAUAUGCGAAUGAAAUUUGGAGAAGGAAGUAUUGUAUGGAAUGGAUAUGAUAUUUUAUUAAGAAUAUUUAAUCAUUGGCAUUUAAAUUAUGCAGUUUAUCCAUUCAUGAGAUUUGAAUUAAUUCCUUCACUUAUUGUAGUUUAUAGAACAUAUUUCCUUG